AUGUUGUCUGAUCUUUUCUCUUCUCUAUCAUCCAUAUUCUUUCUGUUUCUCAUCCCUUGUCUCUUUAUCACAAGCUAUAUAUGCUUCCCUCUCUUCUUGCCAAAACUCCUCGGACUACUCAUCAAAAUCAUAGCCGCUCGAGACGAUGAUGACAACAAGAAACUUGAUGAGGGAACUAAUGUUGUCCGAGAGGAGGAGUUACAAAGAGAGCUAAUGCCGAGACACGUUGCAGUAAUAGUGGAUGGAAACCGGAGAUGGGCCAAACGGGCCGGAUUGUUUACGUUACAAGGCCACGAGGCCGGAGCUAAACGGCUUACACAGUUCGCCGAGCAUUGUUUCGAUUUGGUAAUUCAAACAGUCUCAGCAUUUCUUUUCUCCACAGAGAAUUGGGGAAGAAACAAGGUUGAGGUUAAGUGCCUAAUGUCUUUGCUCGAACACUACAUUAAGUCACAAAUCCAAUACUUCCAAAGAAAGGAAACUCGCGUUUCUGUUAUCGGAAAUAAAACAAAGAUCCCUUAAGGACUCAGCCAAGUAAUCAAUGAGAUAGAAGAAGCUACGAAAGGCUACAAGAAUAAGCAUCUCAUCUUGGCAAUAGAUUACAGCGGGAGAUUCGAUCUCACGCUCGCUUGCAAGAGUAUUGUGAAGAAAUCAGAAGAAGGGUUGAUCAGAGAGGAAGAUGUUGACGAGACAUUGAUCGAGAGAGAGCUUAUGACAAAUACUAUUGACUUCCCAAGUCCUGAUUUCUUGAUAAGGACAAGUGGAGAACAAAGGAUUAGUAACUUCUUCUUGUGGCAACUUGCUUACACUGAGCUCUUUUUCUCGCCGGUCCUUUGGCCUGAUUUCGAUAAGGGUAAGCUUAUAGAGGCCCUCGCUUCGUAUCAGUGCAGGGAAAGAAGAUUUGGCGUUCAAGUUUGA